UAAAAGGGACAGAGAGCACCCUGCUGUAUUUCUUCAUUGUGGGGCUGGCGAGCUGCAUUGAGCUGUUCAGGAUGCACAAGAUCCUCAAGGGCAGUAGGCUUGUCCUGGCUCUCCUGCUCGUUCUGAUUCUGGAAUCUUCCGUUCAAGGGUAUCCUAUGCGGAGGGCCAGAUACCAGUGGGUACGCUGCAGUCCAGACAGCAAUUCUGCCAACUGCAUUGAUGAAAAGGGCCCAUUGUUUGAUCUACCGCCCGGUGAGACCAACAGGAUCCUCCCAGAAAGGACUGACCCUGUCUCAAUGACAAGAAUCCAGAGCAUGAAUGAUGACUUUCCUCUUUCUGAAGACUAUUCUGGAUCUGGUUCUGGUUCAGGUUCUGGAUCAGGUUCUGGAUCCGGCUCUGGCUCAGGCUCUGGAAGUGGCUUCCUACCUGAAGGAGAAUGGGAAUACCAGUCCCUAGAUGAAAAUGAUGUUUUCUAUUACAACUUUAGGUCUCCCAAAACGAAGGUACCCUUAGACAACGUGGACUCCGGUCAUAACGGGUUGGAAGAAGAUUUUAUUAUAUAAAAGUGAGGGGGUUCCCACCUUGACACCAGGCAAUGUAUUCAGUAUGCUUUCUGUACCAUGAUCAAUCAUUUGGCUUGUGGGGGAGGGGAAGUUUCAAAGAAAUUUUAAACCCUCUGAAAAAGAACCCUAAAUUCUGUCACUUGUUUUUUUGUGUUAAUUCUUCAAGGAUCAUGCUUUAAUGCUGUUAUAUAUCUUAGUACUCGAGAAAAUA